GACCGGCACGCGGCGACCGUCCACUUCGCGACCGACCCCGACUGUCUGAUUCUCCUGGUCUCCAUGAAGGCCGGCAACUCAGGGCUGAACCUCACGGCCGCCUCGCAAGUGAUCAUCCUGGACCCGCUCUGGAACCCGUACGUCGAGGACCAAGCGGUGGGGCGCGUCCAUCGCAUCGGACAGCGACGGCCGGUGCACGUUCACCGCAUCCUGGUUUCCAACACGGUGGAGGAUCGGAUCCUCGACUUUCAGGACAGAAAGCGCCAACUCAUUGAGGGCAUCAUCGACGAGAGAACCCACGGGGAGCCUAGCCGGCUGGAGAGCACUGAUUUCGCGUAUCUCUUUGUAAGUAGCGGAGACCUCUUUGUCUCUUCAAGGGGGAAAAAAUUGGGGGAGAAAGAUUGCUAAGCUAAUUUUGGGGUAUGCAUCAUUUAGGGUUUGCCAUGAUCAACAGGAUCACAAUUCUAUUCAGAUAAAUGGCCAGACACAGCCAGGUCCAAAGAAGGCAUGAGUAGACAGACUUCAAGCCGGCCCCAUCAAGCCGCCGUUCCGUGCCAGCACCAUUCAAACAGACCAAACAAGCUUGGCGGUCAGCAGUGCGCUGGGA